UCCUUAACAAAGGUCACUAAGAUAUUUUUUUAAGGUAUCGAGUUCAUGUCCAGUGUGCCCAAUACGAGCCGAACCCAACAAAAUAGCACACGACGUACGAUAACGACGACAUCCUAGAAUUCUCAAUCUCCAAGGCAAAAGAUUGAUUGGAAAUUAUCAACUCACCAAACUUAUAUUUUACACCCCAAAUUUCAAAUUGCAUCGGUACACGUAGAUAUAGCUUUCGAUUCAUAUAUCACACAAACUUGGAAAGAAAUUAGGUAAAAGCCAAACUAAGAAGCAAACGACUUGACAAAAAAGAAAAAAAAAAGACUUCAAACACAAGCAAAAGGGCCUUUCCUUCUUCUUCACUCUAAGUCCAAGAUAUGACCAAACAGUUAUGAUGACAAAAAAGCUAAAGCACAGAUAAAAAUCAUAUAAUCAAAAGAAAUAGCCAUACCACCGCAAACUUUGAAUCCAUUGAUGUGAUCAUACCGAAAAAGAAGAGAGAAAAUGCCCCCAGAGGUUCAUCAGUCUUGUCGUCCGAUUCUCAAUCCUAUAGUUCGGUUCUCAUCUCCUGCCUCACCUAAGAAUCUCAAAUACAUCAAAGCAGCAAAGAAUAGGAUGACCAAAUUUCCCGUGCGUAAAAUCAUACCUCUUCUCAUCUUUGUCCUUUCGAGCCUCUCUGUUCUCAGACUCCUCAGGAUUUCCAUCAAAUCUCCGUCGUCUUCAUCUCGAGCAUUCUCUCAAAUGGCCCUACAACCGACUUGUUCUUCUUCUUCCCCAGGAUGCGAAUCUGACCCAAAAAUCAAGGCUUCUGAAAGUCCAAGCAUUCUCACAGAAAAGGAAUUCAAGCUCUUAUCAGAAGUUGUUACCCGUAGAUCCCCUUGCAACAUUCUCAUUUUCGGGUUUGCACCUCAGUAUCUUGUGUUAUCUUCGAUCAACACCAGAGGCAUCACCGUCAUUCUCGAAGAUGGACCUGCAAAGACACCAACUUCAACUGAAGUGAAUCCCAACAAUACGAGAAUCUACAAAGUCAAGUACUAUCACAUGGAAGUAAAACGUGCUUACAAGCUGCUGAGACAUGCCAGGGAUAAUCCAGCAUGUUCACUCGAUGUGGAUCCGCUUCAAGCUUCAGACUGCAAAUUGGGACUUAGGGACUUACCAAAGGAAGUAUACAAAAUCAAAUGGGAUGUGAUAGUAGUUGACGGGCCGCGGGGCAGCGAGUUAGAGGCUCCAGGUAGGAUGGGAACCAUAUAUACCGCAGCAGUGCUAGCAAGGCAAGAAAGUAAUAAUACAACAGAUGUUUUCGUGCAUGACGUGCACAGGACUGCUGAGAAGUGGUUCUCUUGGGAAUUCUUGUGCCAGGAGAAUCUGGUUUCGACUAAAGGCAACUUCUGGAGGUUUAGGAUCAAUACCCAAUCAAAUACAUCAAGUUUCUGCUCACCAGAAACAUUACUGAUAAAAUAUUAGCAACUUUGUACAACAAAGGCAAUACUCAUGCUGUCUUCCUGUUAUACAACAACAGCCAUAUCUCACUCACAGCAGAGCAGAGCCACAAAAUCGGAUUUCUCUUAGAAAAUAAGCUAUAUUAUGUAGAGUAGCUAAGAGAAUUGCAUUAUUCUGUACAAAAAUUUCCUUCAAAUAUGUGUGCAAAGGAAAAACAGCUAAAGCUUUAGCUACCGUCUCACUAGGUAUGCGUAUGCACAGAGCAAAAUAUAUAUAUUUUUUAAAAUC